AUGAAGGUCCUCACCCUCGGUCUCAUCGCCCUCUCCGUUGCAUAUGGCCAAGAGGAAGCCGACGAUUUAAGGUUGAAGCGUCAAACGUACAGCCUGCCUCGAGGUUCUGAAUUGCUGCUGGAGCCGCUGAGGACGACAUUCCAAUGCCGGCACGACGGCUAUUUCGCAGACAUCGACAACAACUGCAGAGUCUACCACAUCUGCACCAGGUCCAUCGAGACGAGACAACUGCAGAGGUUCAGCUUCCUAUGUGGCAACCUGACCAUGUUCAACCAGCUCACGCUCACGUGCACCCGCCCGGAGGACUCCGUGCCGUGCCGCAACGCGCCAGCUUUCUUCUACGUGAACGACAACAUCGGCAUCGAGGACCAGCCUUUCCUGUACGACGACGACGUGUCCAACGCCGACCAGUUCAUCCAAACGAACAAGAUCAACACUCCGGGCAACGUGCACGUGCCGACCAAGAGAAGGGAAGGCGCCAGGUCAUUGUGA